AUGGAUAUAUCUCCAAUUAAAUUUAUCUUUAUCCUUGCUUCUAAUAACAAACUGGCCUUCUUACUGGCAAUCUUAGUCCUUUAUCUUCUCAUUGCAGCGAUCUACUACGCCUAUGCCCACCCACUUGCUAAAGUCCCUGGCCCAAAACUAUACGCUAUUACUCAAAUUCCUUACUUAUACCAUCUUACCCAAGGCAGCUGGUUGGAUAAGCUAAGCAAGCUACAUGAUCAGUACGGUCCUGCUGUGAGAUUCGCACCUAACGAUGUGUCUUUCAUUACUGCCGAUGCUGUUAAGAUUAUUUACGGCACCAAUGCAAGAGGAUUCGCACCCUUCGACAAGGAUUUGAGAAUGUAUAGGCAGGGACACCCAGUUAAGGACAUUGUAACUGCUGGCCACGAAGACCAUAAGCGCAUCCGUCGCCAUCUGGCCUAUGCAUUUUCGACCAAGGCCCUCCGCGAUCAUGAGACUAUCUUGAAUCAUUAUGCUGAUAAAUUCAUUUCUGAACUUUGUCAUAGGGCAGGUACUGAUGUUGACAUGGUAGCGUGGUUCAAUUAUGUCACCUUUGAUGUAAUGAGUCAUCUCUCCCUUGGUCAACCAUUCGGAUGCCUCGACACCGGCCAUUAUCACCCAUGGAUUACACUCCUCCUUUCAAGUAUCAAGGCAUUUUCUUUCAUGACAGUCAUCGCUCGUUUAGGAUUAGUUCAAUGGAUGCAUUGGCUGAUCCCAGCACACCAGGACGAUACCUUAAAGAAGGACUUGCAAUUUGUUGCCACUGCGGCAUCAACUCGUUUGAGUAUCGGAGGUACCAAGAGUCCGGAUAUCAUUUCUUGUAUCCUUCGUUAUGACGAUGGGAAGGGAAUGUCAAAGGCGGAGAUCCUUGAAAAUGCAAGCCUGCUUAUUGCUGCUGGCAGCGAAACAACAGCCACGCUCCUGAGCGGCACAACAUACUAUUUAUUAACAAAUCCUAAUAAGUAUAAGAAGCUAGUCGAUGAGAUUCGCUCUACAUUCAGAUCCGAGGACGAGAUCACUUUACCGCGUACAAAUCAGCUUCACUAUCUACUAGCUGUUCUCAAUGAAGGUCUUCGCAUGUACCCACCAUCUGCUAGCGGUCUUGCAAGGAUCACACCAUCUGGUGGCAAGAGUAUCGAAGGAUAUUGGAUCCCUGAAAAUACUUCUGUUUCCGUCCCACAUCAGCCUGCAUACUCAUCGGCUUACAACUUCAAAGACCCGCGAAAGUUUAUCCCAGAACGCUGGUUAGGCCUCGAGAAAUAUGCCAGUGAUAAUAUGGAUGUGCUUCAACCAUUCUCUGCCGGGCCUCGAGAUUGCAUUGGCAAAAGCUUUGCCUAUGCUGAGAUGCGACUGUUACUGACCCGAUUGCUUUGGAGGUUUGAUCUAGAACUUUUGCCAGAAAGCAAGGACUGGAUCGUGCAAAAGGUUUACUUUCUCCACGAGAAGCCAAAAAUGCAUGUCAGGAUGACGGAGGUUGUCCGAGAGAGCUUGGAGAUUAGUUAG